UUCUCUUCAGAUCGAUAGAAAACGAAGAAUUUCAUCGGAACCUCGAGACUAGUUUGAUUUCAGGUCUCUUUUCUCAAUUUCGGGCUGUGUUUUUUCUUCUAAGAUGGGUAGGCCCUGCUGCAAUGUUUGUGACCGAAGCUUCCCGACUCGAAGAGCACUCGGAGGACACAUGAGGAUUCAUCUUCUUCCGAAUUCUGAUAAGGAGCCAAUGCGCAGGUAUGGAUUUAGAGUGAAUCCAAGGAAGACAUGGAAAUUGAUGGAGAAUGAGAAUGAUAUGCUCUUUUCAGAGUGUGGAGAGAAAUUCAGCUCUUGUAGUUCUCUAUUUAACCAAAUGAAAUUUCGUUCUGAGACGGAAGGGGAUCAGCUCAGGGAAGGGGAUGAGGAAUUUGAGGAAAAGGAGAUGAAUUCAAAUAGUAACGGAAGUUAUGAGGAGGGAGGAGAUGGAAUGGAGACACCGUCUAAUAGCGAAGUUAAUGCAAUUGAGAGGAGCGGAUCAUUGGAUUCAUCAAUGGCGUGCGAGAAUGAGCAGACGGCGGAUGCUUUUUGUCUGAUGAUGCUCUCCAGAGGCGCUGGUUCUGUUACAGUGGUUACAGAUGAUGGGGUUGAGAAGCAUAAAUCUAAUUCAGGUUUCCCACAAUGCGAUUCUGAAAUGAAUGAGCUCGCAAUGAUCCCAUCCGUUCCAAAAUUCGAUUUUGGAAUCAACGAGCACGAAAAAAUUCAAUCUUUUCCGUCUGAAUCUGAAAUUUUUCUCAAGCUGAAGAAGUCAAAGCCCUCUUCUCAUAGGAAGGAUCUCCAUUAUAUUGCUUCAGGGAUUGAGAAGAAAAGCAGGUACAACUGUAAAACAUGCGGCAGGACCUUUCCUACUUGCCAGGCUCUUGGUGGUCGCAGGGCAAGCUAUAUGAGGAUCAAAUUUUGUUGCUUUUCUGAAGUUCUUGCUACCAAAAAACUCAACAUUCAGAAUCAUGGAUCUAAAUUUUAUGGGUGCUCAAUUUGUGGCAAGAAUUUCGCAUCUGGUCAAGCUCUUAGUGGUCAUAAGAGAUUACACUUGGUUGCAGCAGAUAACGC